AUGCCCCUUGCUAAACCUUCUGCGAUAGCAUCACCUCCGUCCGGUGUCUACCCCUUUAAUGCAAACACUACCGAUAGCUUGAUCUUGGAUCAAACGCCUUAUAUGCUGCCGCCAGUCCCACAAGCUUUCGACAAUCCAAGAGUGGGAUUGCCUCAGGCGUCGAUAAGCACCCAACCUGCAGUGGCCAGACCGUCGAUAACAUCUUCAUCAGCAAAUUCGGCUGCCCCUGCUACCCCUUCCAUCAUCAUGAGCGCCUCCGCGCACGGAUCACUACCUUUGAAAACCCAGCCAAUGAAAGCAGCUACUAGCCAGGUGCACAAUUUUGAGGAUUUGAGCUCGGCGACUAGUAUCACCUCUCCAAAAGACUCCGUGAUCGAUAGCGUGACUCCGUCCAUUGCUUCAUCUGCACUGCUGGUCCCACAGAUUACACGAUGUCUUGCAGUUGACGAACCUGUGGAAUUUGUGGAUUCACCUUAUCGGCAGCGGUUGUCUCUACAAGAUGUUGAGGGUAUCAUAGACAAUAGCAACGUCUCAUUUUUGGGCCAAGGAACAACCAAGUCUAAUGCAAAGUUUACUAUACUGCUCAUCGGCGAAACUGGGACAGGCAAGACGUCGUUUUUGUCAUUGCUUAUAAACGUACUAGCGGGUCGCGUCCCCGACGAAUACGACUUGGAGCCGUACGACACAACGAACGAAUUCGUCAGUGGUCAAUCGCACAGUCGAACCAAUGCUGCCAAAGUCUACACCUUCAAAAGUGUGAAUGGUGUGCAGGUCACCGUGUUGGACACGCCUGGUCUCGCAGACACACGCGGACUCGAGAAGGAUAACGAGAACAAGCAGAGUAUCACCGACGCCAUUCGAGACAGCAUCCCAGAGAUCACAGCGGUGAUCAUUGUCGCCAACGGCACCGAUCCACGCCUCAGUGUCGCCACCGAUUACGCAAUCACUACGCUGUCAUCCACCUUCAGCGGUACUCUCGCGGAUAACAUUGGCUUUCUCGCCACCAACAUCAGCCCUUUGAACUGGAACUUCGACAUCGAAACGCUUCCUGUAGAGUUGCAGGGAGCAAAGACCUUUCUCUUGGACAACCCUCUUGCACGACACAAGGAAUACUUGUAUAUGAAAGCCGCUGAGGCGAGGGGCUCAGUUGCCGAGGACAGUCAGGCGGUUUUGCAAAAGUUGAAGAAAACAGUCGACGAAGGUCAUGAAACGACCUUGGCCACCCUUGCCGAACUAUUCGACUGGCUCGACGGACUUGUUCCUCAAGCAACGACUGACAUCACGUUGCUCUAUGACCAGUUGAUGGAAAUUGAGAGAAACAUCAGCAGUAUGCUCGCCCAUAUGACGCAGCUGGUGGAGAAAAGGGGGAAGUUGGAUGACCUCCUCAACAAAUCCGACGGAAUGCCUUUGACCUUCAAUGAAAUGGCGAACGUCAAGAGCGUUAUCCACAAGAAAACGUGGAUUCUUCAAGAUAAACCUUACCACAGCACUAUUUGUGUUCACCCACAGUGUUAUUCCAACUGCCAUAUCCAGUGCCACGUUGAAUUUACUCUCGACCCUAUGAAGUUGAUUCACUGUAUGGCUUUUCCGUCAGAAGGUGCCUGUCAGUUCUGCAACCACUCUGUCCAGGCCCAUCAGCACUAUAACGCUCUCUGGUCUGAGAAGCAUGAAACUGAGGAGUAUGUUGACGCCCCAAGUGAACAGCGUUACGACGAGGCGACGACGAUGUUCGAAGGUACUCAAGUUUCGAUUGAGGACAUUCAGAAUUUCAUCGACAUCAUCGGGAAAGAGAUGGCAGAUGCAACUGGGGAGAUUGGCCGUCUUACUGCGGAGUACUCGACACUUUCCCUCUCCCGAAGCUUCUCUGGCCAGGUCAAGAAGUUCGCCAAGGUUCUCGAGACCCAUUUGGAAGCCAUUCGCCACAAGAUGGACGAUACGAGUGUCAAGCGCAUGGAGGCGAGCUUGGAACAGCUUAGGGAGAAGCUCAGGGUACUCGAGUUGCGUCGGAUGUAA